AUGCAUACACGACGUGAUCUUCGGUUAAGUAGUAAAAAUCUACUCAUAAAGAAAAUUAAUUUUUGCACUGAGUAUAACAAUCCUCAUAACUUGAUAGUCGUGGUGAAAAGCGCAGCAGAUGUUUCCGGUAUUCAUCACGAACGAAGAAAAUUCAUCAGAGAAUCGUGGGGUUUAGAUGCUUCUCAAAAGUACGAAAUUCCUCCUGUUUUAUUUGCGAUUGGAAAGUCGAAAGUUAAUACAUCAAUACAUCAACAACGAUUAGAAGUUGAAGAAGAACAGUUCCAUGAUAUAUUACAAUUUGACUUUAUUGAUAAUUAUUCUAAUUUAACUCUAAAAACAGUUGCAGUACUGAAAUGGUUUUCUCAACAGUGUCCAAAUUUUACUCUGGUGUAUACGAAUGAUGAUGCGAUGAUAAAUGUGAAAAAUCUGUUAAUACAUCUACAACAAAGCAAUGAAAUGGCAAUUUAUGGACAAGUUCGGGAAUAUUUAGAAUUUAAACGGGGUUCAUCCGAUCCAAUUGCUCAGGGAUUGGUAACUCCCAAAUCGCAAUUUGCUUCGGACUCUUUUUUGGAUUAUGUAUAUGGUGCAUUCGUUAUAUAUCCACCACAAGUAAUUAUACCAUUAGUUCGUGAAAUAUUUGAUUCAGCUCCAGCAUUCUGGAUCGAAGAUGUCUACGUCAAUGGAAUAGUAGCUGAAAAGCUGAAACUAAAACGAAGAAAUUUAGUAAAUAUACUUCAAGUAGGCAAAUCCUAUGGAGUUUCUGAUUUAAUGUCAUCAGUAUUCAUGAAAGCUAUUGCAAUUAUUGACUGUGAUGUUAAUGAUCAACGCAAAAUUUGGAAAAAUCAUACUGCUGUAGUUUUACUCUUUGAACAGAGAAAAAGAAAGAAACUUUUUUUAGCUGGAAUUCUUUUGUGUUUUCUCUUUUUUAUACGCAGACUAUUUUUCAGCAGUUCUGGAUUAAAAUCAUUAUGCAGCGGUAAAAGAAAAGUGCUUUAUCAUAAAACACGUCGCAUUAUCAGCAACCUUUUGUCUCGCGACAGUAAAAGUAAAUCAACUUAUAUUAAUAUCAGCUUUCAUAUAUUAAAAAGAGAUCGUUUUACAAUUACUUCGCUGAUAAUAAUAUUGCUGCUGCUUGCUGUACUUCAAACGGCAAUCAAUUCAACGAGAGAAGAACAAAUUAAACACAGAGAUAUUUAUUUAAACAUAACAUUUACUAAUGUGACAAGAGAUGCCUCGAUAGCACUAAAAGCCAGAAUAAGACUACAGUCUUUAUAUGAAAUGACUUCAACGUGGAUGAGUCAAGUGUAUCCAUUUCUGCCAUUCGAAUGGAGUUAUGAGUCAUCAGCGAAUAGCAUCGAUGAUAACAAGUUCUGUAUGCAGAACCUUAUUAUAUUCACGACCUGUCAAAAGGAUUCACCAGCACCAAUUCUACUAGUACUGAAAAGGUUAGACGAAAACUGUCGCAGCUCUGGUAGAAUUUAUCUCAUAUUGAUACAAGUGAACGAAGCUCACGUAGAUUUACCAUUUGAUAUAUCAAUAAUUAGAGAAUAUCUUUCGUUUCACAAUAACACUAUGCCAAAUCACAUACAAAUUCAUUUCCUUACUCUAUCUAAACAUGUUCAGAAGUUCACCACUAAUUGGAUUAAAAACGCGGAUAAUGGAACUAAACUACUUUUAGACGAAUUAAAAAUGAUUCAUCGUACUCAUUUGUGCCUGCCAAUAUUUCCUAUAAGACUAUCACGGCAGAAUCGCAUGCCAAAACAGUUCGUCGUGCAAGGUACAGUUACACAUGUGCGAAAAAAUUAUUCCGGUCUCUCACAGAGCUUAUUAAAAUCAGCUGAUCAAUUAAAAAAGACCAAUGUGACAGUGCUAAUCAUCAGUGGCUUAGAUUAUUACAAAUUUCCGCUUCCUGUUGAUGCAAAAUUGAUUAAUCAAUCAAUUGUCCAAAUUCGAGCAAAAUAUACGUUGGAUAUGCCUGUGGGCUAUCAAGAAUACUAUUCUAAAAUUCAGUCAUCAAUUGGUAUGUUACCAUUACUCGGUAAUAAACAUUACUACAAAUCCGUUGCCUCCUCUACAAUACCGUCCUCUAUUAUUAACCGCACACCACUGGUUGUAGAUGAAAAGCUGUUAGAAACUUAUCAAAUAUUAAAUAAACAGUCAGUAUGGGUGAAACUACAAAAUGAAGAUGAUGCACAAGCGAUGAUUAGAAUAUCAAAUUCUAAAUAUUUAUACCAAGAAUUCCAAGAAAGACAAGCUGCGCUAGUGCAAAUAGCGGAGGAGAGCUACAGACACAAUAUUCAAUUAUUGAAAUCGUUCGAAAUAUUUUUCACCCAGUCUAAAGCAUAA